GAGCGCUUCUUCACUUGGACCGUUCGUUCCACGGUGACAUCAGUGAGAGAGAGAGGGAGCGCGAUCGAGAUGCCUCCCGGCGUCGCGGACAUGUCACCGCCGCAGAGCCCUCACCGGAGCAUCAUGACGCAGAGCCCGCUCCGCAUCAAACAGGACGGCAAGUUCUACGAGAGGCUCCUCACCAAGGAGAGCUCCGCGGCCAACCUGUCCUUCCGGUACUACUGGGCGGAGCCCGGCGCGGUGCCGUUCGUUUGGGAGACGCAGCCGGGCACGCCCAAGGACGUCGCCCGGAUGGCCGCCGGCGCGCUCCCGGCCAUCACGCCGCCCCCGUCGUACCUGCUCAGGCACGGCAACGGUAAGCAGGUGGUCACCUCAUCACGUCAUGAUAAUCAGAGGAGCAAGGGGGCGAAGGGCGGCAAGAAGCGGUGCAGGCUCAAGCGCAUCAGGAUCGGCUUCAUCGCCGACAUCUUCCGGAGGCUCAGCCUCGGGAAGGCGCGGCGGCGACCGGCGCCACCGGUCAAGGUGUCCUCGUCCAGCCGGUGGCUGUUCUCCUCUGUGGCGGCGACGGAGAGAGGCGAGCACCACGAGGAGACCGCCGUGGCGGCGCACGCGCAGCAGCAGAAGACCGUGCUGCGCAGCUCCCGGGAGCGUCCGAGCCCGUGGCUGCUGCGCUUCCGCCGCUCCGGGAACCGGGGCGGCCGCAACGAUGGUUGGGCGUAGAUCGGUCGUUCUCAGGCGUGGUGCCGGGAAGUGAUCAAGACAGAGUCAAAAGUGGUUUGUUAUGGUACGAAAGAUGUUGACGAUUGUGUUCGUACGUGCAGACUUUGUUUAGAGUUCUAUCUCCAGCUGCAAGGCCGACCGUGCCCAGCUAGUGCUGCAUGAAAAUUUAUUCUUGUAUUUUUAAGUUUACAGAUGAAGUUCACGAGUUUGGAAUAUCUCGUUAACGUUUAGUGUUUCGUUGCUAGUAUAUAGCUCCACUUUGUUGUACACAUGUAAACCAAAUGUGCGUGGUAGCCUGUUGGAACCAUUGGUUGUAAUCAUUGUGCUCUCUCUUUUUUCUCUAUAAUGAAAAUCGGCAGAACUCCUAUCUAGUUCCGCAAAAACA